AUGGCCCAGCGGUUCGGCGCGUCCUCCCUCCACCAGCGCGACUCCCGCUCCGCCCUGUUCGAAGGCUACACCGGCGGCGGCGGCGGCGACACUCCGCACCGGCACAGUCCCAACCCCUACGGCCCCGGCUACGGCUACGCGGCGGCCUACCCCAACGCCAACGGCGGCCCCGGAGAGCGGCACGCCUACCGGGCCGCCACGCCCAACAGAAGAGGCCAGUACAGCGACGCCGUCCUCAACGAGCUGGAGAGCCAGAACGAGGACCAGGUCGCCGGGAUACUAGGCAAGGUCCGCACGCUCAAGGAUAUGACGGUAGCCAUUGGCGACGAGAUCCGCGAGUCGUCCGCCCUCGCGGACAAGAUGAACGACGCCUUUGACGACGCGAGGAUGCGCGUCAGGGGGACCAUGAACAGGAUGAAGAUCAUGGCCGCGCGCACCGGCGUCGGCUGGAGGGCCUGGCUGCUGUUCUUUGCGGCCGUCGCUACGCUCUUUCUGUACGUGUGGCUGUUUUGA